AUGGCGUGGCGAUGCCGGUUCCUCACCGCUCGACGGAGCCAGCGCGGCCACGUCAUCGUCGAGAAAUGACUUAGUGAAGAAUUAUCGGCACCCGACGCACUGGUUGAUUUCCACACAGUUCGGCACUCGUCGCAGCGAUCAGUCCCCGCCGACGGAGUGAACCGGGCUCGACUAGACCGCCGCGCGCGAAGCGCGACCGGCCACGUGUGCAGAACCCGGACGGUCAUACGGUCCACCUCUCGGUCCCCCAGCGGCUCCGACUGGCUCCUCGACCCAGGGCCCUUGCAUACGCACGUAUGUCCAAACUCGUACCCCUACAUGCGUACUUCUGAGAUCGCUCCCGCAUGCGCGUCUGCAUACGUGGGCCGUAGUAGGGGGGUAAAUGGUUCAAGUUCAACAUCGACCUUCAACUAGGGUAUACCCCCCAGCAAAGAAAACGCCCCCAGACCCACAAAAAAUACGAUGGUAAGGGUCCUAGAAAAACACCAAAUACGCGCCUGCAUGCGGCGCAUACGGAGGUAUGCGAGCGUCUGUGUAUGCAAGGGCCCUGCCUCGACCUGCUCACACGCCAUCGAGCCGCACAUCGCGUCAUGGGGCGCCCGAAAUUUGAUUUCCACACAGGCGCCGUGCCGGGCGGUGUCUUGAAUAACGGAGAUCGCGUCGAGUACCGCGUCGCCGUGUUCAACGAACGCCCGCGCGCCAAGGACGUCCGGGUGCUGAAGCGUGCCUGA